AUGGUUCCCUGUGUCCCAGCUGCUUCACCUCCAGUCAUGGCUAAAAGGGAUCAAGGUACAGCUCAGGUCAUUGCUCCAGAGACUGCAAGCCCCAAGCCUUGGUGGCUUACACAUGGUGUUGAGCCUGCAGCCACCUGGGACUUGAAGUUCUACCAGUGUGGCUCCAAAGCUGCCCAACUAGAAACCCCAAAAGGCAAGAGAACUACGAUACCCACAAUUCAGGCUCCUCACCCGAAACCAGAAGAGGGCGUAUGGCUAGAGUUUCACCCUAAGAAGAAAGGGGAAGCAGGUGGAAAAGCAAUUAAAAAAAAAUCAGCUGGAACUUGCCCCACCAGAUUCUCUUUCGGUGAUUCAGAGCUGAAGGUGCCUCACUGCCCUGUGGAACAGGUGAAUAAAGCCUUUCCAGCAUCUCUCUCUAGCCUAUUAUCUCCUGUUAGACACAGCCCAGAAAAUGAAUAGAGACAAGUCCUGGCUGGGUCUGGGUUCAGAAACAUAAUAGAAGGAUUCAUCUAAAGGAAGGGAAUUCUUUCCACAGUUGCUAGUUCCUCACACCUCUGCCUCUAUGGGAUUCUCCUGGUCCCCACAUGCUCUGCUGUGUCUUCUAGCUGUCAGCCACUGUGGAGGAAGUGAACCUUCUAGAUCCUGCUGACUCAUACAAUGAGUUUUGUGUGGACCAUCAGACAAAAGGGCUGACUGGUGAAGGUGGCUGUUGUCUGGAAAGUCCUCCCAGCUCUCCUCUAAUUAUGUCAUAAGGACUGGAGGCCCCUUAGCCUGCUUGUGAUAACACGCAAGGAAAUACGGGCCAACUCUUCACAUGAGCACAAGAUAUUUCCAUGCUAGCCUUUUGCAAGUAACAACAGAGAGAGCUCUGUGCAGUUUUCACUGGAAUGCCUAUGGAUUGCUUGUGUCAUAACUGUAAUCUAAAGAGUUGUCCAUUUGUUGAUUCCUUUGUGUUUGUAUUGGUAGAAUUGCCACUAUCAAACCAAGAUCUUUAGCUGUCUUUGUAUCAACUUCUUUGGAGCUUAUGUGAUUUUCCAGAAAAUUUCCAAGGCAUAGUUUUGUCCCUAAGUCCCAUGAAUAUGUAAUAUUUUGUGUCUCUCUAUUAAAAUAGCACUUUUUGUGCAUUCCAUUAACAAA